CUGCGAAAAUUACAAGUCGAAGUCGCCGUCGUAAGGCAAACGCCGUCACCGUCGCCGUCGUAAGGCAAACGCCGUCACCGUCGCCGUCGUAAGGCAAACGCCGUCGCCAUGUCGGCCCCAAGAAAACUAAGAGGUCACGCGGACACCGCCACAUGUUGUAUCGCUUCAAGCAAACGCCCGGGAAUCAUCGUCACUUCCGGCGAGAAUUUUUGCAAUUAAACAUACAGGAUGGACGUGUUUGCUUGUUUGACCUACGGUGCAAAGAUGUUCUAUUUGUGAUGAAUGUUAGUGAUGAACCAGUUUCCUCUCUUUGCUUCAACUCAGGAAAUGAAGACAUAAUGUAUGUUUCUGCGGGAACUGAAGUUAAAGCAUUUGACUUACGCUCUAAUGCUGCUUCGUGGGAUUGCUUGACAAAUUUUAACUAUAAUAAAGAGGAGAUAAAUCAGUUGGUAUGUGACCCGAAAUCUCGUUUUCUUGCUGCUGCAGAUGAUAAAGGUGAAGUUAAGGUAGUUGACAUUAGUCAGCAGUGCCUUUAUAAAUCUUUGAGAGCUGGCCAUACAAAUAUCUGUAGCAGUGUACAGUUUCUUCCUUGGACAUCAUGGGAAGUCGUUACUGGUGGCCUUGAUUCGAAGCUUAUUAUGUGGGACUUCUCUAAAGGACGUCCUUAUCAUACCAUUGAUUUAGGUGUUCCUGAUGCAAACAAUAGAGGUGCAGGCGGUCAAGGUCUAAAUCCUGCUUUCAUCCACUCAAUCACUGUUCCUGAACCGGAUAUGGUUGAUUCGGUGGGGAAGUUAUUCGCAGUGGGAAGAGGAGAUGGUAUCAUCAAUGUGAUUGAUGUUGAAUCUGAACUUCUUGCCGCUUCCAAGACGAAGCCUAAAAAGAAGAUUACUAAAUCUACCAAAAAUAGUUCAAAUCCUUCUUCAAAUGAUGAUGAUAAUGGUGAAUCAGAUAAGAAGGGGAUGAUUUAUCUCGACUACACUUUGGGAGGACACACUGCAGCUGCAUCUUGUGUGGCUUUUUCGAUGUUUGGAGAGAAAGGAAAGUAUAUAAUUUCGGGAGGAAACGAUAAAUCAGUGAAGGUUUGGGAUUGGUCACGGGGUUACCACUCUGAUGGUGGCCAAACAAGCCGAAACAAUGAUGCUCUUCUAAGUAUGAACAUAAACUUGACCAGAAAAGUCAAUUGGCUAUGCACAACCGCGUCUGAUUCGGAGAACCUCAUUGUUUGUGACACUUCCAAAUUGGUGAAAGUGUUUAGUAUAGCUUAGCUAUAAAACUAAAGAGUGUUUAGUAUUGCUUAGCUAUGAAAGUAAAGAGUUCAAACUUUCAAAUCUUGUUUCAGACCAUUUUAUGAGUGUUGUUUUCAAUUUGUU